CCCAUAUGUCCAUUUUGUGAUCAAGUGCGGUGUUGUUUUGUGGAACUAGGAUACUUUUUUUUCUCACUUCGCUUGUCACAAACAGAAGAAGAAGAAUAACAAAGUAAAUUUGUUUACAUAAAACUUUCUGAAUUAAUACAAUUUAAUUAAAUUACAUAUUAAACAAAAAUGGGAACGCCACACAAAAACUAUUCACAAAAUCUAGAAUCACCCUACGCCAGACACUUGUCUCAAUAUCCCUCACAAACCGAGGGUUUUGUGCCCAACGAAUUUGCUGGCAAAUCGAGGUUACAACAAUCCUCGACUCCUCAAAAACAAAAUCAGUAUCACCAGAAUCAAGGCAAUAAUUAUCAAUCUAAUAAUAAUUAUAAUAAUCGAAGACGCGGCAAUGGUGGGAAUAAUCGUUAUUUUAAUGUAAAUAGAGGAGCUGGCAGUGGAGGGAAUAAUUCUGGUGGAGGUGGUGCUGGUGGUGGCGGUUAUCACAAUAUGCAGCAUAAUUAUCAAAAUAAUUACCAACAAAACUACAACCAACAGCACCAUCAGAGGUACAGCAACAGUGGGAAUCGCCAACAGCCGUACUACGGACAGAAAUACAAUAAAUCGGAUAAUAACAGUUCUAGAAACGACUACUACCACCCCUCGAUGCUUGUAGAUCCAUGGAAGGAUCUCCUCGAGCGUCACAAUGCAAUUAAAAACAGUCAGAUAGAUGUCCCAUCAACAUCAACGCCCGAGCCAGAAGAAGAACAAGAAGUAGUAGCAGAGCAAUUGAAAGACGACGAACCUCCAUCACCGACGACGUCGUCAUCCUCAACUCCAGAAGAUGAUGAAGCCGAAGCAAUAACAACCCCAUCAGUGGCAAUACCUACAUCACCGAGCAUAGCUUAAUGACGAACAAUAAUAAGAUGAUCUCCUCUCACAUAUCGGAAGGGCGGACUCUAGAGACAUACAUAAAUUAAGAUAAAUCCAAUUUAACAUUUAAACACAGUUAUUUUUGUUUGCUUUAGGUAAAGAUUAAUCUUUUUUUAUUAUUAAUUAAUUCAUUAUCAGAUUAAACAGAUUUGGAGCGAAGAAGUGCAGAAACUUAACAAAUUUUUCAUAUUUUUAUAAACCACUAAAAAGAAAAUAAUGUAAAUACAAUAUCCCCGUCUGUAGGGGGGGGUGUGUGUUCCCAAAGACACCUGGGCUUCGCUUUGAGAAAAAUAGAACAAAGGUUUUUCUCUUGUUUUUGAUUGUUUAACAUUUUUUUUACAUAGAUUUGAGAGAAAUAGAAAUAAAUUACUGUUUUUGUUCUAAAUAUAAAAACAAAACAAUGAAAAUAAA